CACAUUUCGUGUGUUUCGAUGGGAUGUAGAUAACAUUCUAAUCAACCUAAAUUAAUUGUCUUCUCUCACUAUACAUUUUCUCGAGCAAUUUAUGAUUAAAAAUUGAGGGGAAAAUGCAAGUUAUUCUACUAAUACCACUAUUUUUUCUUUCUUCAACAGUCUUGUGCUGUCAUUCUCUUCCUUUAUUGACGAACACGAGAUGGAUAAUAGACGAGCUCACCGGAGAAAGAGUGAAGCUGAGGUGUGUAAACUGGGCGGGUCACCUCGAGCCAAUGUUGGCCGAGGGACUUGAUAGAAGGCCCUUGGGCCAAAUUGCAAGGCAUGUGUCUACAAUGGGCUUUAAUUGCGUUCGGCUCACGUGGGCAACCUAUAUGGUAACUCGAUAUCCCAAUCUCACGAUAACCCAAUCUUUUCGCAAUCUUGGACUUGAAGAUGCCUUGAUGGGCAUAGCCAAGAACAACCCGGAUCUUGUGAACCUGACCGUCGUUGAUGCCCAAAAUUCCGUGAUUGAAGAGCUUGGUUUGUGUGGUAUUAUGGUGGUUCUUGAUAAUCAUGUUAGCAAACCAAUCUGGUGUUGUGGUGAUCAAGAUGGGAAUGGAUUCUUUGGGGACAAGUUUUUUGACCCCAUAGAGUGGUUACAAGGAUUGGCCUUUGUAGCCAAGCACUACAAAGACACGUCUAUGGUUGUGGCCAUGAGUAUGAGAAAUGAAUUGCGAGGUCCACUCCAAAACGAGAAUGUUUGGUAUGAAUACAUCAAGAAGGGUGCAACGACAAUUCACGAAGCAAAUUCAAACCUUCUAGUAAUCGUCUCUUGUUUGGGUUACGAUCUUGAUUUUACUUUCCUAAAAGCAAAGCCAUUACAAUUAAGUUUCGAGAACAAAUUGGUCUAUGAAAUUCAUAGGUAUUCAUUCAGUGAAGGACAAAGUGAUUUAUGGAUAAACCAGUCACCAAAUGAAGUUUGUGAAAAUGUUACUCAAGAAAUAAAAACUAAAUCUGGAUUUUUAAUUGAGGGAAAUAAUUCUGCACCUUUGUUUGUGAGUGAAUUUGGGAUUAAUCAGUUGGGCCUGAACCGGGCCGACAAUAUGUUUUUGGGCUGCUUUUUGGGCUAUUUGGCUGAAAUGGAUUUGGACUGGAGUAUAUGGACUUUACAAGGCAGUUACUAUAUACGAGAUGGGCUUCAUGGGCCUGAGGAGAGUUUUGGGCUUCUGACCUCAAAUUGGACCAACCUUAGAAGCCCAGAAUUUCAUAGGAAGCUUCAGCUCAUCCAACAAAAACUCCAAGAUCCAAAGUUCGUGGAUCCAAUGUAUUACAUACUGUAUCAUCCAAUGAGCGGAAGUUGUAUUCAGGUCGACGCCAACAACGAAACUCGAGCAAGUGAUUGCUUGAGCUUCAACUUAUGGAGCCAUAAUCGAAAUGGAACCCCAAUUCGUUUAAUGGGCAGUCCAUUGUGUUUAACUUCAGCAGGAGAUGGAAUUCCAGUUACACUCUCCACAAAUUGCCUGACUAACUGGGAAUUUCUUUCCAAUUCAAAAUUUCAGUUGGCAAAUAAAGAUGAGAAAGGGACAAACUUGUGCUUGGAAUGGGAUCCUGAAAAUUACUCUUCCAAAAUUCUUACCAAGAAAUGCAUGUGCUUGGAAUUUCAUGACUCCAAUUGUCAAAAAAAUCCUCAGACUCAAUGGUUUAAGCUUAUUUCAGCCCAUUAAUAAAAGGGUCUACCUUGGUUUUCGGAGUUUGUUAUACACUACUAGUGUACACGACAUGACUCUAUAGUUUAAUGAAGUUUCACUUUUUCUUUACAUUUUUAUAACACGACAUUCGUCGGCCUAGAAUACAUCUUUGAUUCAUAAGAAUCCUCAUACAUGCCACUUGAAUCUAUUAAUUAUAUUUUCUUGAAUUUUAUGUUUCGAUAUAUUA